AUCAGGUUCUCUGACUUCCACUAGGAUCCUUCGACCGUCACAGCCCAGUAUGGAUAAUGCGCUAGAGGCCCGAUGAAGCCCGAAGGACUGACGUUACACACAACUGGAAGCAAAGCUUUACACACAGGUGGCAUGUAGCGGGGCAUUGAGCAGGGCCACGAGAGCCCAAGCCCACCUACAUUGCACCGUUUGGCUGGUGGUCGGCUUCUUCCAUCGAAAAAGACAUCUCGUUCAACCCCAAGCCUCAACGGCAAAAGGACCCGGUCUGACGGAGCAUUAGGCUGACGCUGUUGCUUUCCGGGGUGUCCGCGUCGCACAGCGCUCUGACGAGUUUCGACGAUCAUGGACGGCAGGUGUCGGCCAUUGGCUCGCCGCCGGACAAGCACGGACAGUCGCAUUCUUGCGCACCUUGUUCAUGGCCCGAUGCCAUUUUUAUUGAGCCGUUGACGGCGACACACAUCAAGCAGCAAAUGAUCCCGGAAACAGGAUGCUGACUUCCGCCCAUGCCGCGCCGCGGAGAUGGAUUAAGACUCUGCAAUUGCUUCAUUUUCAUGAUCUCGAAAAGUGCACUUUCAUCAAAACCCCUGGAGGUAGCCCGAGCAGGAUACUCGAACGAGCGAUGUUGAUUACACUGGCCCCGCAACAGGCCCUGUCACCGCGCCGACUUUGUUGGGAACACCAGACCGAACCACUGAACUACCUUGCAGACACCGCGUAGCUCUCAUCCAGUCCAGCCCAGCGUUCCGGAUGGAUGGCAGGGUUCGCAACACCAAUUGGUCAGUCAAACAGCCUGGAACGUCGGCCAUACAAGCCCGCCAAUCAGCAGAGCUGCUCGGGGUGACAGCACCCGUGUAUCAACCAUCUUGUGCGUGGUUUUUGACCCUAUGCAAUGGUAGUGACUGAGAAGCCAUGGUGAUCGCCCAGGUUACGAGGCUCCAUGUGCACUAUACUAAAUGGCGGUAUGUCGCCUAAUAUCCCGCAAGUAUCAACACCACCAACACCAGGUAUCAUGCCACACAUGCCAGGUCGGAUUUGCUCCCGUCAUGUUAAGCGCUAAUUUUAACCUCAUCCCUCCUCGGGUGUUCUUGUCGCGGGUAGAGCGUUCAUAACUCGAGUUCCACACGUCAUCAGCCCCCCCUGAACUCGCGUGGGCAUCACCGCUAUCGUCAGGCGGCAAGAGCUCCGGCACGGCGUCACCGUCUUUGGGACGAUCUGUAUUUUUCAGCUGGAUCGCCCGAUGCGUGGGGAAGCUUUUUCUUUCGCUCUGCCCACCAGAAGUCGACACAAACCAACCGGAGCCGUACCGUCGGCGUGGGGACAUGAUGGUGGGUGCGUCAAGGGCGGCUUGGAAGGCGCCUCGCUCACCGAACCAGAUGACCAUGUGCAACUUAAAAGGCCAUCUGCCGAGCUCCCCCCAACCACCGGUACUUUGUACAAUACGAAAAUGUCCACUUCUGCUCUUCAUCCUGGAUAUUGAGCAAACUCCCAGUGCCUCCAUUCCGAUAACAUAUUAAAAGAGUUCGCUGGGGUCUGCAGAAAACCUUGCAUAUCAACAACUGCUCAGUGCUGCUGCUGGUGUCAUCAGAAUCUUCCCAGCAGAUCUUGACAAAUCGGUACCCGAGACGGACCCUGGGGAUGAGCGCCAGUUUCGAUCGACAAGGGUGACCCUGGUAAGACCUCGCUUCCAGAAAAUCGAAUUCUCCAUCUGGAAGCCCCAACCAGAUUGUCGGGCCGGGGUAAACAGGUGUUGGUUUUGAAGCACUGCUCUCACCCCCUCUCCGGCCAAUCAGCAGGCGCUUAUCCAGCGCUGUUGACGGCAUCAGAGGCGAUAGUAAAUGCCCGUGUGGCUGGUGACGGGCAUCACCACGUCAGUCCCUCACGCAGCAAGCACAUGGGGAAACUUGGAACAAAAACAGCGGACUUUUCUAUGAUCAAUAUCAUCAACCUCUGCCGCAAAUUUGACCCCUUUCUUCCGUAUCCGCAUCCCGCAGUUACCAGAGGGCCAAGACGAAACCAACCUUCCCCAGAUGCUCCAGACGGCGACGUUGCUCAUUGGACCUUCCAGCUGCCCCGUUUCAAGGCGCGCAUACACCAGCAAUCAUGUGCUCUCCAACGUUCAUUUGCGAGUGGUUGCAUCCCGUCUUUUGCUAGAACUACUGUCAGGGGAAAACUCGACAGCAGGGCCAAUGAGAUUGUCGGGUCUCAUAAUGACGCAGUAUUUUCUGAAGUCCCGAGAAAAAAGUUGGUGUGGGAACUGCGGCUGCGGACCCUGCUGCAGUUUCGAUGCCAAAAAAAAAAAAAAAAAAAAAAAAAAGGGCCAGCCGAUACGGAGUACAUACCAAAGACGAUCUGCCUCCUUCCUUUCGGUGUACACUGUAGAAUUCAGGGGUCGGUAAAUUCACCGUGAACAUGAUUACAUGGCCUACGCCUGAACGGCAAGAUUGCUUGCGGUCCUCCAAUAUGCAUUCUGCAUGUCGUGCAGCUUCUGGGACAGAAAACGGAGAUCCAGCUGUUGUUUUGACGCGGUCUAGCCCUGGUGGCUUGCGUGGUCCCGAGGUCGGUACUCGUGGUGCUUGGUUCACAGGCCGGAGCAAAGCCCGCUGAUUUGCGAGUUCUUUUUUUCUUCUUGUUCCUUUUCUAGCGUCUCCAACCAGCCUCUCGGUACCUCAGUCGGCGGAAAUGUGAUAUGCAGUGGCAAUAAAGCUGAAACGCAAGGUGGAUGCCAUCAUGAACAAAAAUCUGGCGCAACCCAUGGGGAGCAGCCGAAUGGUUGGUUUGAUUCAGCUUCUGGACCACUGAGGACUCAUCCUGUCCACUUUGCCAGCUCGGUGGUGCGGGAGGUCACCGAAAAGGAGGGGUGGGGGAUACAGGAAGUACUUUGGAUGGAUGGCUGGGAUGCACGAUGUUGUAUGAAAUGAACGAUGGGGCUGCUCGAAUACAGAUGCAAUUCGCACCGACAUCGACAGUCUGGGGGUUCGGAUCCGCAAAAGCCGGCCAAAAGCCGGGCACCGCUUACCAUGGGGCUGAGACCACAGCUCCACCGGGGCCGUCACCCUCCGCGCAACCAACCCCAGACGAUGUCAACAACAUACGGUACACACCGGUACUUCACCGGUGCAAUGUCCCCUCACCGACUCCGUCAGUUCCAGCAACAUCAGACACAAGUUGCCUUGAAAACGGCCGACCUUGCUUAGGGAUGCAGCAUGGAUCUACAAAACAACCCGUCUCCCCUGCCUGGUUGCCGCAAGCUGGCCAAUCGACAAGUCUUCGCACGAUAUCCCCCCACGCGCACGCUGACUGCCUGUGGCUCUCAUGUCCACAUCUAUCCUUUAUACGGAAUCUUCCAGGUUCGACAUGGAACGCGGGACCUUAUGUGAGACGCUAACCAGAGAGACCUUCUGGGCAGCUCGUAACGUCAACCAACAGCACCGACUUAGACCUCACAUGGGAAGGUCCGUUGCUGCUGGCUCCGUCCUUUCUCAGGUUUACUUGCCUGCUUUUAGCAAUGCCUGGAACCUUGCAGAAGACGGGAAGCAAUAGUCGCAUCAGCGGAAUCCUCCCCAGCCGAGGCAAGAAGGACGAAGGAGCGGCUUCCUCCAGGUUGUGUGACGAUUGCUGAGGAAGGGCCAGAGGGGGCCAGACGACGUACGACCAGUCCGAGGUUUAGCCGCACGCUUACAAGGACGACGGAGGAAGGGUACGCUACCAGACGGCACAUCUCUUACACGCCUCUGUUGCAACCUCACCUCUUCUCGCACGCUGUAAAGGGCUACAUACAUGCAACUACAGCCACCUCACCAAAGAACCAUUUUCUCAUCCCCGCCUUUUUGUCCAAACCAUGGCUCGCGACGGUGCACUGCAUCUCGGUUGCGGACUGACGGCACUUUCAUCAGCAAAACAUUGUUUCUAAUCGGUCCUCCUGCGCUUGCAACGAUACUGCCGCCUCUCUGGCCCAUCAACACGAAGGCGCCAAUCCUUCUUGACUCUCCGUACCCCGGACAAGUGCCGUCUACGCCGCAGCAAGCCUGUGUGAUGCAGUAGGUAGAAGCAUGUGUGCACGCCGGAGCCAUGCCUAUGGGAUCUCCUCUUCGUGCUAUCUGGAUCUGGAAAACCGCCCAGGUGCACGGCAGACACUCGUCUGCUCACUGCGCCCCAUGCGAGCGUUGCUCGUCACUGACAGUGAGACAUCCACGGUGGUUAUUUCCAAGGUUUAGAUGACUAUCGUGUAGGGAUUCCGCAUGAAUUAGCCCUGCAGGGCAAACGCGAUUCGACCAACACUGCGUCUUGCAGCGCCUGUGCGCCUCUACCCGCACUGACUGAGCGAGGACGUCAUGUUUGCAACUGCAGGCGACCAGAUCAGACCCAAGGUUGUGGUUUGGGCUGAGCUGAGUGCACGCUCUGCACCAGUGGUCAAGGUUCCCGAGCAAGCCGGUCGAGGAUCCUCGCCGCCCAUGUCAAGCCCUUCUUGGCGCUCUGGGGUCUCAGAUGAUGGCCCAUCUCAAUAUCAACCAGUUCUCCGGACUGCAAACGUAGCGUUGUCCUCUCGCUGCGCAGAAGCAAGUGUCUCAGUUGUCCCCAGCCAUCUGGGGAUGAUUUCCACGGGCAACUCGACACUAGGCCCGGUUCAUGAUGACCUCCGGGGCGACUGCGAGGAGGCUGGCCAGGAUGAUUGGCGCAGUCGCAUUCAAAUCAGGAUGUUUAACAUUCCCGGACCAACCCGCAUGGCUCUUCCGCCAUAGCUAGCCACUGGCUUUGCUGCAGCGUCGGAGAGUGCAACCAACUGACCCGCGGCCUCAUACCCCGUGACCCGGACAUGCUGAGGCCAUGCCGCCGUCUGACUGCAUCCAUUCUGCAGCACGCAAAGCGUGGAUGAUUCAUGCCACCACGAAAGAGCAGCGCCAUCACCGCUGGCACAGCUUGACGUUGCUUGGUUGCAUUGGGGGGCACGUAUUGCGGACAAGGAACGGGAACACCCACCCGUAUACCCCUCUCAACUCUGGCCGCUAUGGGAAAGCAACUGCAUCGAUCAUGGAAAAAAAAAAAGCAAAGAUACAGAUACGGAGAGGCAGGCACGCCAUCUUGACCGGUCUCGUAAACAGGAACCCGAACGGACCACUGGACUGA